AUGCAAGUCAAGUAUGUGACCAAAUUGGUGGAAAAUGUUCACAACAGAUUUGAUUCUGAUGCAAUGUCUGUUGUCUCUGCAUUCAAGAUAUUCAAUCUUAUGGAACUUCCUUCAAAAGAGUCAGAAAAAUGUACUGAUUAUGUACUGGCAGAGGUAAAGACACUCGCACAACAUUUUUUCCCAUCCAAAAAGAUGUUUGACCAGGUAACGGCAGAGUUAUGCCUGCUUAAGUACCACAUGCUGACCUUCGUAUCAAAUGCAAAGAAUGCAAGUUCAACAGAAAUUUGUUUAUCAACUCUCUUUGGUAACUCAGCUUACACAAAAGUCAUGCCAGCCAUUCUACAGAUUGCAGAAGCUUCCCUUUCCAUGCCUGUAAGUAGUGCAUGGCCAGAGCAGGCUGCAAGUACUGUGAAAAGAAUAAUGACAAGACUUAGGGGCUUGCUGUGAAAAAGCGGCAAACUACAAAAGAAAGAAGAAAGGUCAAACGGAGUCUACAGACAGCAAUGCCAAAAAGCCGUGAUGUGGGUUGCCAAGCAGACAUUCAAAACUGCCAAAUUCUGCAACCAGAAGUUGGAACAUCCACUCAAGAUAAACCACUGGAGAGUAUGGAACCGGAGAACCCGUUAGAUUCUGAGGACACAGUGGAAGAUGAGGAAGUGGAAUUGCACACCGAGGAGGAAAUCACUGAGGAGCAGAACACUGAGGAUGUUUAUCACAUUAUUAACCAGGCUGAAUGCAGUUCAGACAUUGAUUCAGCCUUGGGCUCAGAAUCGGAGGAUGAUUUCUAA